AUGGAAUCCGAAUAUAAGGACAAUAACGAGGUAGAAAAGAAAGUUGAAUUUAUGAAAUCACCGAAAGAGAGGUUUGCUAAAGAUAAGAACAAAGAAAAAGCAUCCAAAUUUAAUAUCGAAGACUUCGAAAAAAAUAUGGAAGCAGCAUCUAAAUCUAUCGAAACAAAUUUCACUUCUGCUGAAAGUAUAGAUACAAUCAAAUCUUCUCUUGAUAACAUGUUCAAUUCUUUAAACUUUUCACUUCAAAUUGAAAAAGAAGUACCAGAGAUCUUGAAUUAUCUGAAAUCAAACGAUUACAUAACGUUUUUACAUAUCUUAAUUAUGCAAAAGAUUGAUACAGAAAUCAAUUCUUGCGCAUUAAAAAUUUUAGCUCUAAUUUUGACGUGCAAAAUUAAUCAUCCAAUAUUCGAUAACGAAAGUAUGAAUACAGAUUUCGUUGGAGAUCUCUUUAUGCUAUCUCAAGAUCCAUCAAUUUGUACUGAAAACUCAACAAAUUUAGAUCCAAGUAAUAUCAGCAUAAAUAACAUAUUUUCUCAAAUAAAUAUGCCAGUACAUCAAUACGAAUACAUAAGAAGGUCAGCUUUAACAGUUAUUUUGAUGAUUCUACAGCGGAACUCGGAAAUUUUAGAGUUUGCUGCAAGUAACAGCGAUUUCAACGACAUACUAACAAGUUUUGAAGAUCCUGAUUACGAAGUUAUUACACUUGUUUGUAAUAUUUUCCAAAUUUACAUUGAAAGGCUUCCGAACAAUCCAGAGACAGACAUAUUCAUUGAAUAUAUCUUAUACCACGCAGAAAUUAACUACAAACUCUUCUUGCCAGCAUUAAAUGGAAUUUUAUCUUAUCUUCAUUCUCCUGACGGACCCCAGUUUGCCAACGAACUUGCUACAAGUCCAAUAGCUCAGACAAUACUUAGAAGUUACUCUAAUUACUCCUUAGAGUUCAAAAAAGUGAUAUCAAAGAUUAUAUCUCAAAUUUGUAAGAAAUCUGAGCCAUCAAAGAGGAGUUAUUAUAUAUCAAAGAUCGAUAUCCCUCAGUUUUUCACUAAUAUUACUGAUCCUGAUGCCAUUAUUAUUUCAAUUGGCCUUAUUAAGUCAAUUCUUGUUCAUAAUGAAGAUAUCAGUAAUGAAUUCUUUACUCUUUCUAUCAAAAUCCUUUUCGAAAGCCUAAAUAAUGGAGUUUUCCAAAUUAAGCGAAAAGCCUUUGUUUCAAUAGGAAGAGUUAUUGACAGAAUUGAAGAACAGUACCUAAUUUCACUUAUAAAUGGCUACCAAUUGAUUGAUCUCAUUGAAAAUUUCAUUGAUGACCAAGAUCAAGAAGCUCUAUUAUCUUCCUGCAUAAUAAUGAGCAGAAUACUGGUAGUUGAUAAUGAAGAAAUCAGAAAUUCGGCAGAAAAUGCGUUCUUUUCUGGAGAUAUAAUUGAUAUUGUUGAAUCGUUCGAAGAUUCUGAUAACACAUUGCUUCAGAGAGCUGUAAUUAGGUUCUUAAUGAUACUUGAUGAGAGAUCGUCUCAAGAUAAUUAG